CGUGCCGAAUUGCUUGCUGAAGAACAUGGCCCCAGGACCAGGGGUUUUGAACUUUGGAUUUCAAUUGGAUUCAAUCGGCUUUUGGUGGUGGUUGUGGAGAUGGAGCUGAGAUGCAUCCAUUGCGGAUUUCCGAUUAAAACAUUGUUCCUCCAGUAUUCUCCCGGAAACAUCCGACUCAUGAAAUGUGAAAAUUGCAAAGCAGUUGCUGACGAGUACAUCGAAUGUGAGAGCAUGAUUGUUCUUAUUGAUUUGAUUCUUCACAAGCCAAAAGCAUAUAGGCAUCUUCUCUUCAAUUUGCUCAAUCCACAAACUCUCAAUUUCCAGGGUUUAUUGUGGAAGUCAGCUUUGGGGUUUCUUCUUUUGGAUGCAUACAGGAUACUGGUUUUAACAAGGAGUGAAGAGGAAUGGGGUUUAUCCAUGAGCUUUUCUUCUUUAUUUUGGAGAUUUUCAAAGAUACUGAUGGAUGUCUUGUUUGGGAACUUGGCUUUUCUUUCUAUUUUCCUUCUUGCAACAAGGAAUUUGCUCAACACAGUUGGUGGAGCCUCCAGGUACAAAAACCUUUUGCUGGCAAUCCUCAUUUCAAGUUACUUCAAGAUUUUCCUCAUUGCCAUGAUGGUUUGGGAAUUGCCAUCCUCUGUGAUUUUCAUUAUUGAUGUAUUUGUUCUAUCAUCCAACACAGUGGCUUUAAAAGUGGUCACAGGCUCAGGUAUGAGCAGAUGCGCAGAGACCUGCUUUGUUGCACAUGCUGUUAAGUUGUUUGUCAGUCAGUUGACCGUCUUUCAUUCAUCAAGAUUUUUGCAAGAUUCAAAAAUACUUACUUGUGAAAUGCCAAUUUAUAGCAUGUAAGCACUGCUUCGGAUUUGAGUUUAAUUUGUAAUUAUUUUUGUAUGUUAUCCUCUGCAAACUCACCUGCAGUGGGGUGGAAGAAUUAUUUAUUGUAAUGAAAAUUGAUGAGUCUUGACUCUUGA